GUAGAUGGCAGUGUGCACAUUUUGGUAAUAAAGAUGGCAGCUCCCAUUGAUGAUUUUGAACCGCGUGUUGUUCUGCCAGGGGAUUCGUUGACAGGAUAUAUUUCCGGAGGCGGAGAGCUUCAUAAUCAAAUUAUUCUUGGACCAGGGCUAAGGCAAGAUGAAGCCAACAUAUGCUCAACAAAAGCAGGAAUUCUAAGACGGAAGAAACCACAUACUUUCUGGAUAGAUUGCCACCAAAAGAGGUAUGUACCAGCUAAAGGAGACAAGGUUCUAGGAAUAGUGACCCAGAGGGCAGGCGAUAUCUUCAGAGUGGACAUUGGGGGCCAAUCCAAUGCUACUCUAUCAUAUCUUGCAUUUGAAGGAGCAACAAAGAGAAAUAGACCAAACGUUCAGGUCGGAGAUGUUCUGUAUGCCAAACUCCUGGUUGCAAAUCGGGACAUGGAACCAGAACUGGUAUGCAUCGACAGUACCGGUAGAUCACAGGGAUUAGGUGUGGUAGGAGCCGACGGCUUCAUGUUCCAAUGCAGCCUGGGACUUGUCAGAAGGCUCUUGUCUAAAGACUGUCCAAUUAUGAAAUUACUCAAUGAGAACAUUCCAUAUGAGAUUGCCUUGGGUAUGAACGGUAGGAUAUGGGUCCGAGCCAAAUCAAUAAGGACAACGAUAGCUGUGGUCAAUGCCCUCGCAAACUGUGAGUUUAUGACAGACGAGGAAAUACAGAUAAUGAUGCGUAGACUUGUGAAUGGACUUGCUGGAUUUUAAAUCGAAGAAUACGAUGGCCAUGGAGAAUGCCCGAGUCGCAAACUUUGAGUUUUUGACAGACGAGGAAAUAAAGACAAUGUUGCGUAGACUUGUGAAUGGGCUUGCUGGAUUUUAAGUUCAUUUCAGUUUUGUAAGGAUGGUUAAAUUCCAGUUAGAUGUAACAAUUGUUUUGAGGAUAGCUCAGCGAGUUCCUAAAUAAGAGUGUGAACUGUACUUAAAAGGGAAAAUCUACAUGUAUGAAAUGUCUCUGAGUAUUGAUAUGGAAUAUCACUUAUGACUACAUUAAGGACCUACAUGUACCCAAUACAUGUACCAAGUAUAAUUCCUUGCAUUGAGUUGCUUGUUUGCAAGAAAUCCCAUGAUGAGCAGGACUGAAUACUUCUUAGUUGUGAUUUGAAAAAUUAUGUUGAGAACUGUAUGAACAGACUUUAAAUAUGAAAGGACUGUUUUUGUCUCACCUGCAUAGCAGAGUGAGACUACAUUGUACA